AUGCACUGGCAAUGGAAAAAUUGUCCAGCUGCUUGGCAAGGGGAUUAUGGUAAUCGGAAAGGGCAGAAAAGCAUCAUCCUCGAAGCAGUUGCUGGUUUUGAUACCUGGGUUUGGCACGCCUUCUUUGGAGUUGCCGGCUCUCAAAAUGAUUUGAACGUCCUGGGUCAAUCCCCGGUGUUCAAUGAUAUUUUGAGAGGUGAAUGCCCAAAUAUCACAUAUCAAGUCAAUAAUACCGUGUAUCAGAACGGGUAUUAUCUAGCUGAUGGUAUCUACCCGAGAUGGACAACAUUUGUGAAAUCAAUUCCACAUCCCCGAUCCCAGAAGGAAAAUGUUGUUGCUGCCUAUCAAGAGGGGUACAGAAAAGAUGUGGAGAGGUGCUUUGGUAUCCUUCAAGCUCGGUGGGCUAUUGGCCGAUUAUUUUACGAGGAAGUGCUAAGAAAUCCCAUGAACACGACCUUAACACGAAUUUAUGAAAAACCUAUGGGGCCAAAUGGAGAACCAGUGCAGCAUGAUCCGUUGGUUAGAGACGGUACUUUCAUGCAUCGUAUGAUUGAGCGCUACACGGAGAUGCAAUCGUCGUAUAUUCACGAACACCGUCAACUUGACUUGAUGGAACAUUUGUGGGCGGUGAAAGGCAAUACUCAAAUUUUAGAAUUCAUACUCCAUUCUCAAUGGCGGACAUGA